UUCCGGCUACACCUGAAACAACCAGGAAGUGUUGUGCGAUUACUCUAGACCGAAGUAUGCCAAAUGAGCUUCUUACCUCUAAAUAGGUGUUAAUGUUUUUACCCGAAGGAGGACAAAUUGGGAUUAAAAUGAGUUUUAGUUAGGGCAGCUCAGAUGUUCGAAGUUACUGCGGAAAAUUGUGUUUACUGCAUUGAAAUUCAAAAGUAACGGAUAUAAACGUUGAACUCAAGUUUUGUUUUGGUUUGGUGUAGUCGAAGUACUAACCUGCAAUGGGAUGCUGUGGCAGCAGAGAGGUGAGGAAUUCAAACACAGACCAAGGUCUCAAAGGUUAUUGCAUUCAUUUAGGGGUCACAACGAGAAUGGAAACCUUUAGAGGAUAGGAGUUGUACAGACAUUCCAUGGCUACUGAUAUUUGUUCUUUUCUGUAUUGGAAUGGGAUUAAUCUGUGGAUUUGCAGUCGCAACUGGAGCAGCAGCACGGCUGGUGUCUGGUUAUGACAGCUAUGGAAACAUCUGUGGUCAGAAGAAUACAAAAAUAGAAGGAAUAGAAUACAGUGGGCUCGAUCAGACGAAAAAUAAAUAUGUCUUCUUCUUAGAUCCAUGCAACCUUGACAUAGUUAACAGAAGAAUCAAAUCAAUUGCUUUGUGCGUGUCAGAAUGUCCAAGUACAGAGUUAAAAACUUUAAAAGAAGUGCAGGAAUUUGGAAAAAACAACGGGUCAAAACUCUGCUCCUAUCAACUAGAGGUUUCUACCUAUACCACCAGCCCAGAGUCAUCCAAGUUAUGUCCAAACCUUCCUGUGCCACCAAGCAAGUCAAUUCCGCUGUUCCAUCGCUGCACCCCGGUUGGCAUCGUUUGCUAUGCCAACUUUACUGAGGCCUUGAUCACCUUCGUUAGUGACAACAGUGUUCUGCACAGGCUUAUCAGUGGAGUCAUGACCAGCAAAGAAAUAAUAAUAGGACUCUGCUUUCUAUCACUAGUCCUGUCCAUGAUUCUGAUGGUCAUCAUUCGAUAUAUCUCCACAGUACUUGUUUGGAUAUUAACUGCUUUAGUUGUUCUUGGAUCAAUUGGAGCCACAGGUGUUCUUUGGUGGUUAUAUGUGGAUCACAGGAAGUCCUUGACUAACGAACGGGCAGCAGGUCAGCUUGAAGCAUCCAAAGAUAAUGUUCAGGCUCUCCUGGUUUAUGCAAUUGCUGCUACUGUUUUCACGGUGAUCCUGUUGCUGUUGAUGUUAAUAAUGCGCAAGAGAGUGGCUCUUACAAUUGCACUGUUUCAUGUGGCCGGAAAAGUUUUUAUCCACCUUCCGCUGCUUGUCUUCCAGCCAUUUUGGACAUUUUUGGCUUUGAUGUUCUUCUGGAGUUACUGGGUUAUGGUUUUACUCUUCCUGGCAACUACAGGAGAUCCUGUUAAGAACGAACAAGGCUUUGUAGAAUUCAAAAUGUCUGGCCCUUUGCAGUACAUGUCUUGGUAUCAUUUUGUUGGUUUGAUCUGGAUAAGCGAGUUCAUUCUAGCUUGUCAGCAGAUGACUGUGGCAGGUGCUGUUGUAACAUAUUAUUUUACAAGGGAUAAAGCAAGUCUUACCCUUCCUAUACUCUCAUCUGUGUUUCGGCUCGUUCGUUACCAUAUUGGUACAGUGGCUAAAGGGUCCUUCAUCAUCACAUUAGUAAAGAUUCCUCGAUUGAUACUCAUGUACAUUCACAGCCAGCUGAAGGGAAAAGAAAAUGCUUGUGCCCGUUGCAUUUUGAAGACUUGUAUCUGCUGCCUGUGGUGCCUAGAGAAGUGCCUAAAUUAUUUAAACCAGAAUGCAUAUGCAGCCACAGCUAUCAACAGUACAAAUUUCUGUACCUCUGCCCGAGACGCGUUUGUAAUUCUGGUGGAGAAUGCAUUGAGAGUUGCUGCUAUCAAUACAGUUGGGGAUUUUGUUCUGUUUCUAGGAAAGGUUUUAAUAGUGUGCACCACAGGCUUUGUAGGUGUAUUGGCUCUGAACUACCAGCGGGAUUAUACAGUCUGGGUGCUCCCUCUUAUUAUCAUGUGCCUCUUUGCUUUCCUUGUUGCCCACUGCUUCCUGUCCAUAUUUGAAAUAGUGGUGGAUGUUCUUUUCCUGUGUUUUGCUAUUGAUUCAAAAUACAAUGAUGGGACUCCUGGUAAGGAGUACUACAUGGAUAAGGCUCUUAUGGAAUUUGUGGAAGAUAGCAGAAGAUCAAAUCAAGACAGAAGCCGGGGGGACAGACCAAACUCUGCUGAUGGCAGAGAACUUAUGCCAAUGGCCACUGGAGCAAGUUCAGCUUGACCAAAACCACCUAUGGGACUUUUAGACCUUCCAAAUGAUGAUUGUUGGUGUCUGUUUUUUUUAUUUUAAUUUUUUUUUUUUUUUUAACCAAUGUACCAUGUUUACUAUGCUUUCACCCCAGGGAAUACAAUCUUUUAUAAUAAGAAUAUUUACCAUACUUAACAACGUAGUCGCUAUUAUAUAUCAAAGGUUCUUCAUAGUUUCACUGCUGGUAGAUUUUUUUUUAAAAGAUGCCAAAUAUCAAGGAAUCUUGUUUUUAAAAUCAGUAAGUCUUUUUGCAUUAACAUUAUGUAUAUACAUAAGCUUUGGUUCUAACACUCCACCCAUUCAUUCUACUACCUGUAUAAAAUCAAUAACUAAGUAAUUUCACAUCUUAUACAUUAAUUGAUUGCCAGCAAAUCAUCUGUGUGUGGGUUACAGUUUAACUGAAUGAAUAUAAGAAUUUUGUUGUUUGUAUUAUUUCACUACGUGGAGUCAUGGUUCCCGAAUGACCCAAUGAGCAAUAAGAGAAUACUUAUUAUAAAGGGACCUCUUUAUACAUGCACUAGUUUAUCAAGCUGAUUUUAUAAUAGUGAAGAAAAACACUGGAGAUUUUUUAAUGCAGUACUUGGAUACAGAGUGAUUUAUAAUUUGUACAACAAUGUCGGACCGUAGAGUUAAACUAGAGAGUACGUGGGCAAUGAUAUGCUAAGGUAAAAGGUCUGUGACAGAGUAACUCUGUGAGGCCACCGGAGGGUUGUUCAGUAAUGUCAACAUUUAAGUAGAUGUCAAAGUAAUUCAAAACAACAAUGUUGCGCAAAUUAUGAAUCGCCCUGUAUUAACAAGUGGUGAAGUGUCUUGAGUAUAACGGGUUGAAGAGAUGCCAUAGCCAGUUAGGAAGGCAUUUCCUCUUGUUGGAUAUCAUGAUGAGUAUCCAUCGCUAAGAGGAGUUCUGAAAUAACAGUAAACAGACAAAGCUGGUUAUGAAGUUUGCCUUAACUAAAUACACACUGUAGGUUUAGAUAUUGUUACAUUUGUGCAUCUUUAAAAUCAGGGUUUAAAAACUGUUGGGGGGUUGGGCCAAGAAUAUAGAUAUAUAUUUUUUUUUUUUUACGGUUCUUGGACAGAACCUUAAACUAACCCCAUGUGACCCUGCAAUUGUUUGUAUACUUCUGUCUGAGUCAGCUCUAGUGAUAAUGGUUUUCAAACAGGUCUGUACUGGAAAGAAUACAUGGUUAAAUGUAAACUAACCCAUUGGCUUUUUCACUUGAGCUGAUGUUGAGUCACACAGGUAGUGUAUUUUUGUAUCCUUGUUACUGUUGGUUUAUGAGCAUAGACAACUGUUUAUAUCUUAGACAUAUGCAAAUAUUUUCACAGAUCAAAAAAAAAAGGGUUCCACUGACUAUUUUUGGCCUUAAUUUGAUGUCUGUAUGGUUGUCUCAGAAAAUCUAACUUGAUAUCUGAGCUAGAGAGCAGUUGACUAAUACUGUAAAAAUGUUUUUUUCUUUGUUUAAUCACAAUAGAACUCUGUUUUAUGGUAGAGAAAUUCAAUUUCAAUCUAUGUAUAUUUAUUAAUAAUGAUGGACUCUAAGGUGCAUACACCGUUCUUUCUGAUUUAACACUUAUUUUAGGUGAAUUUUUGUUGCAAGGGACUAAUGCUUGCUUUUAUAUAAAUUCUUAUGUAUCUCUUUUUUAAAAUAAAGAUAGAAC